AUGUCACACAGCAAAAGAAACACCUCCCUCGCCUUCUUCACCGCGCACGAGCGAGCCGAAGUCGCAAAUCACUGGGGUUCGCGCUCCACCCGGCUAACGCGCGACAGCUUCCUGCCGUUCGGCAGCUGUCAGUUAUGUCUACUACCAGCGCGUGACCCAGUUGCUUGUCCGAGUCAUGGCCAUCUGUUCUGCCGGGAAUGCGCGAUCAGCAACUUGCUCGCUCAGAACCUGGAGCUUAAGCGGCUGAGGCGAGAGGCGGAGAGGCGCGUUGCGGAGGAGGGGGAGGAGAGGGAGGUGGAGGAUGCGGAGGAGAGGGCGAGGGAUCUAGAGGAGUUCGAGAGGGUGCAGGCUGGUCUCGGCGCGAGGAUGGGAGGAGGGCGGAAGCAGGGCGUCAAGAGGAAGCUGGAGGACGGCGAGAGUGAUCUUGGCAAGGUCGGAAGCGAUAAGGCGCGCAAGACUUCCGACUCAGAGGGUUCUUUCUGGGUGCCCAGCCAAAUACCCGACAAUCAGAAAGCGGAUCUGAAGGCUAUUAAGCAACAGCCUACCUGCCCAGCAGCAUCCGCCGAUAAGCCGCACGACUUCACGCUGAAGACGCUGGUCAACGUCAAGUUUCACGAAGUGAAGCCUACCCCUUCAAGUCCCGCCGAGACCGUACGCACAUGCCCAAGCUGCGACAAAGCCCUCUCAAACGGCACCAAAGCCGUGCUGGCCAAACCCUGCGGCCACGUCCUCUGCAAACCCUGCAGCAACAAGUUUCAGCAGCCGCCAGAGAAGAGCGCUCACGCGGCCGAGGCUGACGAAACGGCGCGCUGCUAUGUUUGCCAGGAGGACGUGACGCCUGGACGGAAGGUGAAGCAGAGGGCGGAGGAGGAGAAGGGUGGGAAGACGAAGGGGAGUAAGGGUGCUAUCGUCGAGAGAGGAUUGGUGGAGUUGGCGACGGAUGGGACGGGCUUUGCGGGAGGGGGCAAGAAUAUGGUUAAGAAGGAGGGAGUGGCGUUUCAGUGCUGA